GCCUUGUGCAAUUUCGCAGCGCUAGCAGAUUUUCCAGGGAUUACUUGCGUAGAAUAGUCUUUACCGACAAUGUUCUUGAUAUGAAUGCGGUACAAUGUUCAGGAAUGAACUCCGUAGUGUAUGUUUUCGCGCGCCAAAGAUAUCUUUUUUUGAAGAAAUGCUCUUGGCCACAAGAUGUUUACUGACAGCUAGAGAAGAAAACAUCUCCAAGUUGUGGCCGUGUAAUUAAUCUGGGAGAAGAGUUGCCGCAAAAGAGUCCAAACAAGUUUUAACUUUGGAGGAGACGAUAUUCAAAUUUCAGAGUCAAAAGAUGGAUCGCGAUCGCACGAGCAUAACUAUCGAGGAUGAUGAUCUCUGGGAGCAGAGAAGGGCCAGAUUGAGAGCACUAGAGUCAGUAAACGAACCACACACCCAAGUAGAAUUCAAUUGUCGUGCGUAUCCACUGCUCCAGGCCGUCAUGAAAGAAGGCGACAUCGACAAGUUCAUCGAAGCCCUUGAAAAGUAUUCUGCCGAAGAGAGGGUCUCUUUGUUCGACAUUAUCCAUGUACAGGGCCCUUCCGGAAACUCGUUGCUCCAUGUCGCAGCGGGUAUCGAGAACUCUGACAUCCUUCGAGCCCUCCUGGAGGUCAUCCAUGACAAGCAGCUUGCCGCCCAGGCAAACGACAGAGGGGACACCCCGCUCCACGUCGCAGCAAGAGCAGGCUGGAUCCGCAUGGCCGAGCUCCUCCUUGACUGCAGCAGUAUUGUGGACGAAGUGAACGAGGCAGGGAACACAGCGUUGCAUGAGGCUGUGAAGAACGGUGACUCCGAGUUGACAGAUCUUCUCCUGCGUCGAGGCUCAAAAUCGGUGAAUAAGAAGAACAAGGAGAACAAGUGUCCACUGUACUUGGCAGUCGAGGUGGGGGUCUCGGAGAUUCUCUUGCGUUUGCUGCAAGCGGUGGAUGGGAAUGAAGUCCUUCCGCACUGGAUGCAAAUCAUGCAUGGCAUGUCGCCGGUUCACGGAGCCGUGAUGCACCAAAAGUUAGAUAUGCUGAUAAUGAUGUCAGAGCAAAAGAAGGAACUAUUUGAUUUGAGAGAUGCUGGAUGGGGAACUCCCCUCCAUCUAGCAGCAUAUGAGAAUUACAUCAAUGGAGUUGAAUUCUUGGUCGACAAGUUCGCUUCGAGCGCCAUCAAGGGUGACAGACAGGGCUAUUUUCCGAUCCACGUCGCAUGUAAGAUGGGUCAUCUUGAAACAAUGAAGGAGCUGCUUCGACAUUGGCCAGAUCCAGAAGAGUUGCUUACUUUAAAGGAACGGCAAAAUAUACUUCAUAUUGCGGCAAAGUAUGGAAGGGCCUCGGUAGUGAAGUACAUACUUGGCGAUCCCAAGCUUGAGAAGCUUAUAAAUGCGAAAGACGAGGCAGGAAACACUCCUCUACAUGUAGCCACAUUACAGUGGCAACCCGAGGUUCUGCUCUAUCUCACCCGGGACAACAGAGUCGAUCUUAAUAUUACAAACCACGGCAACUUGACGGCUCUUGACAUCGUAGAUGAUCAACCGUGGGAUAUCGAUGCUCCACUUCACGAGCGCUUAACACAAAUAGUCUUAGUAUCUGCUGGAACCCAAAGAAGCAAAGACAAAGCAAUUUCCAAGCCAAGAGGUUUAAGCCCGCAGAGAUGGGAUCCGGACUUAGAUAGACUAAAGGACCAGGUCAAUACCCGUAUGGUCGUGGCAACGCUCAUUGCUGCUGUGACAUUCGCCGCUGGCCUUUCUGUUCCUGGAGGAUUUAACGACUCUGAAUCAGAUGCUGGAUUUGCUACGCUGUUGAACAAACCCAUGUACGAUGUCUUCGUGAUCUGCAACUCCGUUGCCAUGUACAACUCGAUAAUUGCAGUUGUGAUCCUUCUUUGGACGCAGGUCAAUGAUUCGUGUGUGGUGCUUCAUGCCCUUCGAAUGGCAAGACUGCCACUACUCAUAGCUCUUGCCACGAUGUCCGUGGCCUUCAUGGCAGGGGUCUAUGUGACCAUAAGCAAACGCACUUGGAUCACCGUUGUUGCCUUGAUCGUUGGAAUCACCGCCCUCUUCGUUAUAUUGAUUCUUUACAUCGCCUUGUUCGUUCCGCUUGCGUACACUUGUCGUCUUGUACAGCUCUUCGCCAACUACAUCAUUAGAGCUGUUACAUUAAUUUCAAGGAGCGGGACCGAUGGAACUUUCGAGGAGGACGGAUUUGCAGUUGCCCAGUGUAAGAGAGUUCCUGAUCCUGAUGACUGGUGAACCCUUAGAUGGACGUCGCCCGUAAAAACUCAUGAUUUGAGGUGUGUGAUCCCUUUUCUUGAAGUGAUAUUUGCCCCCACUAUAUUGCUUAUGGGAUAAGCAAAGUCGCUUCUAGGAUACAAUAAAAUCCCCAAAUCCCGAAGAUCGUCGUUCGAUGAUUGGCAUAUAGCUCUUCCUACUUCUCGGAUUUGGAUUGAUUGCCCAUCCUAUAUUUAUCAAAUACUAUAUUUUGAUGUCAUGGACGAUGAAAAAGUCGGUGAUGUGAUUUUAAUGUAAUUUAACUCAUAUUUUGGUUAUUUAUAUGAAACAUUUGGUGCCCAUUCUAAUCCCCAGUUGAUAAGAAAAUGGUUUUGGAACUAUUAAAUAAUAGAGAUAGAUUGAUUAACAUGAAAUUAAUCUUCUCACACUGAAUAAUCAUUU